CCUUGAAUCAUUUGCGGCACACACCACACUACUCGCCGCUGGACAAAGAAUUUUGAAUUCUUCUUUUAUGCGCGCGCGCGUGUGUGCUUGCGCACACGCGUUCAUCACUUCUAGCGGAGACACAGGCGCUGCUUCCGGUUUUAAUCCUUGCUUUUUUUGUUUUUCGUUUUGAGAAAUGAUCCCUUUUCGUCUCCCUCCAGUUUCUGCCUGCCUGUAUGCGGGCUAUCUCUCAAUUAUAUAUGGUUUUUACACAAUGGGCUUUGCAACACAAUGCGAACGGUGCGUGUGCGCGCGGUACAAUGAUGUACGGUAUAUUUAGUAACAGCUCGAAAGUACAUUCCCACCCUUUCCCACUGCCCCGUUCGUUUGCUGUUGUUCGUGCAGCUAAUUUCUCUUCUCUUCACGCGCUACAUCAUAUAUUUGGCAGCUACUUCCUACCUGCCGCCUUUUACCUUUCUAGCAUACUCCGCCUCCUGUCUGCCAGUGACUGUGUGUGUCCUGUGUAAUUCGCUCGGUGUGUUGUUUGUGUGUGUGUGUGUGUGUGUGUGUGUGUUCGCAUAGUAAAGGGCGGUGGACGACGAUAUGGCCGAAAUGAACGAUUCGCUGGCGGAUCUGGAGAACCGAUCGGACGUGCUGAACCAGACCAGCUACUCGCUGGCGGACGCCUCCUUCACCCGGAACGACUCGUACCAGCUGAACCUGCGGCGGAACGGCGACUGCGACGGGUUCGAUGCCAGCACCGGCGAGAGCUGGAUCUACCCGGUGGACGUGCCGGUGCGCCAGUACCAGUACGCGAUCACGGAGGCGGCCCUGUUCAAGAACACGCUGGUCGUGCUGCCGACCGGGCUGGGCAAAACGUUCAUCGCCGCGGUCGUCAUGUACAACCUGUACCGGUGGUACCCGACCGGAAAGGUCAUCUUUAUGGCGCCGACCCGGCCGCUCGUCGCCCAGCAGAUUGAGGCGUGCGCGCGGGUGGUCGGCAUCCCCCGGGCGGACACGGCCGAGGUGACGGGCAGGCAGCCGCGCUCGAAGCGGGCCACCCUGUGGCAGUCGAGGCGCGUCUUCUUCGCCACCCCGCAGGUCGUGCUGGCCGACUUGCAGGGUACGGACCCGGGGGGAGGAAGUGAAGGAGGAGGAGGAGGAGGAGGAGGUCCGCUGUUUCCCGCCAACCAAGUGCGGCUGGUGGUGAUCGAUGAGGCGCACAAGGCGAAGGGCCGGUACGCGUACACGGACGUGAUCCGGCUGCUGGCCGAGACGAACCCCUGCUUCCGGGUGCUCGCGCUUUCGGCAACCCCGGGCCGCACGCUCGAGGACGUAGCGGAGGUGCUGAAGAAUCUGCUCAUCUCGCACAUCGAGGUGCGGUACGACUGCUCGCCCGACCUGCAGCCGUACGUGUUCCGGCGGGACGUGCGCACGAUCGUGAUACCGCUCGGGCCAACGAUCGCGCGCCUCCGCAAGGAGCUGCUGCGGCUCGUCGACCCGUACCUGCAGCGGCUGCUCGAGGCGAACGUGUUCGCCCGCUACCCGAACCGCCUCACGCACGGGCUGCUCGUGAUGGAGCUGAAGCGGUACCGGAGCGGGGCGAUGCACCAGCGCCACCCGAACCACGCCACCAUCGUGUCGGACUUUUACGCCUGCAUCGGCAUGUACCACGCGAUCGAGCUGCUCGUCAAGCACGGCAUCCGGGCGCUGCUGAACUAUCUGCUCGGUAGCGGCGGCGGUAGCAACGGCCCGAACGCGCAGGAGAAAUACUUCAUCGCCAAGGACCGGCAGAUCAAGCAGUUUCUGGACCGGCUGAAGGACCAGUUCCCGCAGCACGUGCAGCGGGGGCAGGAGUCGCCGGCCGCCCUGCUGAACGAAUCGGGCGCGCUGACCGGGAACGAUGAUGUCGACUACGGCCACCCCAAGUACCGGAUACUGGAGAAGCAGCUGAAGGGAUUUUUCCGCGAGCAUCCGGACUCGCGGGCGAUCGUGUUCUGCGAGUUUCGCGACUCCGUGGCGAUGAUCAAGCGGCUGCUGAGCGACAAUCAACCGACCAUACGAGCGAACUGCAUUGUUGGCCAGGGCAGCGCGAACGGUGUGCGCGUGCCGCAGCAGGAGCAGAUCGACGUCAUACGGCAGUUUCGUGCCGGCACGAUCAACACGCUGAUCGCGACGUGCGUCGCCGAGGAGGGCAUCGACGUGGGCGAGGUCGACCUGAUCGUGUGCUUUGACAUCGCGAAAAAUCCGACCCGGUUCGUGCAGCGGGUCGGCCGCACCGGGCGGCAGCGCGUCGGCCGGGUGCUGAUGCUGGUGACCGAGGGCGAGGAGCACGAAACGCUCAAGCAGGUGCUCGCCUCGAAGGACCGGACCAACCAGCAGCUGGCCCGCAGCAAGGAGAUUUUGCACGUGCUGUACCGCAGCUCGCCCCGGCUCGUACCGCACGGGCUGGAGCCGAAGUGCAUGAAGGUGAACAUGGCGGUGCUGCCCGAGCGCGACGACCGGCGCGGCCCGCCCGAUUCCGAUUCGUCCGACGGGGAAGGUUCGCUGGUGGGCGCCGGUGCGGGCAGGAACCGCAGGAAGAGCAAACGGCCGGACGAGGCGGCCGCAACACCGGACGCACCGUCGGCGAAGCGCAGCAAGGCUAGCCCGUCCGGUCACUACUCGGUGCGGCACUACUUUCAGCCGCGCGGCCCGGACGCGAGCGGUGAGCUGGAUGCGAGCGAGCGGGACAUAUUUUCCGUCGCCUCACCGCACGAGGGGCAGAGCACCCCGCUAGCGCACGGCGGUCGGAAGCAGACAGGCAGGCAGCAAACGAUUCCGGCCCUCGUGCAGCGUUUGGUGCAACACUACAAGCAGCUGAGCCGGCAGAAGUUUCUGUGCCGCCAGGAGCUGCUCAGCGUGCCAGCGGCGCAGACCACGGUGCUGUCCAGUCCACCCGUACCGUUGCAGAGGGAUGAUCCACUCGAGCUGCCCGACCUGAUACCCCACGAACGGUGCCGGCCGGAGGACAAUCUAACGGCUGACGAAGGUUUCGACAAAUCCAUCUCGAACCUGUUCGAGACGACCGCUUCGGAGGUCACCGUGUGUCUGGAGCCUGCUGCUGCUGCUACACAUCCCAGCAAGCGGAAGGUGGCCCCGGUGAUCGGCGUAAAGAAACCGCUCAACCCCUCGACGGUCAAGAAGGGCAGACGGUCGGGGGUCGCUCCGCUGGAUCCGUGCAAUAGCCCGCUGCUGCUGGCGUUUAACCGCUCGGUGCAGAAGAAGAAAAACUCGGACACGCUCGUAACGCCCGUCAAAAUCGCGACCACCGACGGUGACGCCGCGGGCGCUCUCGCUGCGGAAGCGGAACGGGAGCGUAUGAGACGGAAGAUGGUGCUGGAGUACUUUAAGCUGCACGAUUUGUGCGACAUCUUUGACGACGACGCCAGCGGGACGGACCCGCCCGUUUGUACCGUGGAGGAGGACCGGGCGGCUGCCAAAGGAACGUCAAUCAACAGGAGGCUGUUUGGGGAGCUCGCAGCCGACCGGUCUGUGACGCAUGUUGGGCCCGAGCAAAACCGGACGAGUGAAGACCAUUCCCCCGAGGCGCAGCUAAAUACGACGGACACAACGGUGCGGCCGCUUGCACCGCAAACCCCCGAACAGCGCGGAUUGGAACGAGGCAGCAAAUGCAUUGACCUCGGUUCCGCCGAUCUAGUCUUUCAGGAUGAUAGCGAUAUCGAGAGCGAAUGGAUGUUUAGCAGUCCCGUCCCGUCCAGGCCACCGCGGAGCGUUGCCAAACAUCCGGCGGGCGAUACCAGCACCACCGACCGGGUAGAAAACCUUCGACGAGCAACACCCAACCCGCCAAGCGUUAGCAAACGGAGGGAAGGUAGCGAGACGGAUCUGCACUGUGAUCCGCCGGACUUGAAUGAGAGUGUCAUCGGUAGAAAGGUGCGGCGAUCCAACCAGAACCGGAUCGAUUCGAGCGCGGAAAGCCUGGAGGAUGUAACGGUCGUUGGGAAACCGUCGGACACAAGCUUCGAAGAAACUCCGGUACGCCCGUCUGCCAGCAGUCGCUUUAGCAAGCGAACGAAACGAAAAAAGGCCGCGCGUGCCUUCUUCCAAACCCAGGCCGUCGUCUCGGACGAAGACGACGGUGCUGACGACGACGAGGACCACGAGGACGAAGGUUCGCUGGCCGGCUUCGUCACAUCAUCCGACGACGAGCAGCCGAGUGCGGUCGAUAUGCGCGCAGUUUACCUACAGUCCGUGCGGAGUCCGGCCGCGUGCCGCGGUGCCUUCAAAAUGCCUGCCAACGGUUAUCGGCGGACGGGAAGCGGCCGGCAACCGCCGGGCACGUACCUGGACACAACGGAUGCGCACAGCAUUGGCAGCGGGGAGGACGAUUUCUACCAAGAGAUGGAGGAAUGCUCCCAGCUGCCCUGUUCCUUUAUCGACGACCGUGACGUCAUCCAGUCGCAGACGAUGGAACUGUGCGAGCUGGAGCGGGCGGAAAAGCGGAUCGAGCAGGAGCGCCGACGAAACAGACGAGCCCGGCAACAGGCGGACCCUUCUGCUGCGGCAGGGCGGAAGAAACGCCAGCGGGUUAUUACGAUUGACAGCUCGGACUCGGAUUGACUUCGCCGCCUGCUAGACGCCAGAAGCCUUUUGGCUGUAUUGUAAACCAUUAAAAAACAAGUUAAAUUUAUGCAAGGUACUUCCAAAUCGCGUUUGUGUAUGCUUUUCGGGUCGUUCUCUUUCUCACGCACUUGUACAGUUUUACCGAUAAGAGCGUAGAAUGGGCUCUGGCUAUUAGGCACGAAAUGUUGUGCAAAUUGUAACACAUGAUAGCAAGACAAUCUGAAUGCACUCAUUAUGUAAAAGUUUUUUUUUUUUUCAAACAGCUUCCAAUACCUCUCAAGCUAGUAGGCGUAUGAAAUAUGUUCAGCUUUUGCUCUCCUAUACAUCUUUUGACUGUUUUGUUCAAUGUUGACCAAUCAUUGGCAUCAAGUGUAAUGUUUGCAAACUGAGGAAUAUAUUUGACAUGCAUGCUGUAUGGUAUUGGGUGCUAUGGAAAGCACAAAAUUAGGAUUUGUCUUCUUAAUUAAUCAAAUUGUUAUAUAGUUAUAGAAUAACGAUAUUUAUUAAUGACCGUUAAUGUGUUAAAAGCAUGCAUUUCGCCAUCAUGUUAGAGUGAAACAUCAAACUCUUUUACAAAUUGCCCAGUACAAAUAGGCUUAUUGUGAAUAUCUUUUUUUUUUCAGCUGUACACUGUGCACUUAAUAAUGCUUAUGAGUAGAGAUUGGGUGUGUACAAUGAUAUGCCACAUAAGUCAUCCUUCAUGAUGUGUUUGCUAAUUUGGUCUGAUUGUUUAACCACUAACCAUUGUUUAACUGAUGUCUUAACUACCAUGACAAAGUAAGUGAAUGUGGCACGGUUGAAGUAUCGACCACGCGCGCAUCUUAAAUCUCACGCAAUGCGUCCAAUUGUACAAUAUACUCAUCCUAAGUACAAAUUAAUGUUUUUUUUUGUUAUGUUAUGUAUAGGUUUAAACUAUAGGUAUGAAAUUUGUCACCUGUAAACUCGUCCAACUAGAAUAAGUGGCAAGUGGCUUGGCUAAGCGUUGUGUCCGCACAAAACAAAUAUAGAGACGGUGGUGUACGGCACAAACAGUA